GAGAAAUAACGAAGUUUUGAAGCAAAAAAAAAAAAAUGUUUUUGUUGAAAUAUUUAUAAUUUAUCAAUAUUUUGUUAUUUGAAAUUUAAUUCAAAUUAUCAUUUUUAUUUGUAAGUGUUUUAAAAAAAAUUAAUGUGAUUUGUAUAACAAUGUUUUGAAGUACUGAACAAAAAAUGAAUGGUCUGCCAAAAUUUGAUAUCUAAUCUAUGUAUUCCUAAAGUUUCUGCGACAUGAAAAAGAUUAUUUUACGAAGCAUUUAAUCCUACAAAACAAUAAUGAGCAAUAAAUCAGAGUUAGAUUAUGAAAAAAAAUUUCAAGAUGAUUUGGAAAAAGCAACAGCUUUGAGUUUGGAAACGUUAGCCUUGGAACAGUACCGCCGCACAAAACAUUUCUCACCUACUAGUACUAGAAUAUCAGAUCAACGUAUCUCGCCCAACGUCGUAAAACAAAUAUCAAAUAAUAAUAAUAUAAAUAAUAAUGCUACAAAAUUUCAAACAACGUCAAUUCAAUCACGUUCGAGACCUGGUUCAUUCAAUGCAGGUCAAACGCGUUCUGAUGGUGUUUCACCAAUAGCUCCACCACCAUCUGUACCACCGCGUCGACAUAGUGAAAUUCGUUACACCCCAUCAAAUAGUCAUUCAACAGAUGAUUUGAUUUCGUUUAACACAAGUCCUUCAGAACCAAAAGUUGAAGAAAAUGCAAAUUUUGAUAAGCUAAUACAGGAAAUUCAUAAAUUAAAUAAUCAAAGUCAGCAUGUUAGCAUAAAUAAUCAACAGUAUCAUACUCAAGCAAGUUACAACUAUGGAUCAACACCUUCAUUGAAUAGCGCUGGAUUAAAUUCUAAGAGUGGUCCAGGAAUGCAAUUAGUAGUAUAUAAUCAACAAUAUUUAAACAAACCUGCUUUGACAAAUGAAGAGUUGAAAAAGCUAUAUAAUAUGCCUGCAGCUUCUUCUGCAGCUUUUGGAUAUCCCACAGUUUCUCAUCAAAGAGUCGUUACAUAUCCUCCAGCCGCAACAACGGUUCCAAUUGGUCCAUAUAAUCAAAUACCGUCAACACAACCACCUCAGCCUACACCUUCUUAUAGUUUUAGAAAUUUAAAUUUACUUCAGGUUCAAUCAUCUCAUAAAUUGGAUAAUUAUUCCCAACAUACUUUUCAAAAUUCCGCAGAACAACAUGUUUUAUCAAAAGCUGAGGCCCAAUUAUAUCCAAAAAUCCCAAAGUCUGCUUCUAUAUCUGGUAUGUCUAAUUUAAGUUCGAGCUCAAAUAAAAAACCGAAUUUGAAUGAUGCACAAGUAUUACGAAGAAAUAAGAAAACGUUACUGGGAGAUGACUUAAUAGAUUUAACUCAAGAAGACAACUCUCGAGUCAGCGUUUUGGAAGCUUUUGAUCCUCUUUUGUCUAAUGAUGAAGACGAAAACGGAGACGCACUAUCAGAUUGCACAACAUCAUAUUAUGCUGAAUAUGACCCAUUUGAUUAUUUAUACAGUUGCGGAACGCAAUAUUCAGAUCCAGUUUAUGAAGCUGUUAAUAAAACCGACAGGACACCUAUAAGUCCUAGUGCAUCUAUAGGCUGGAAAGCCGAAAUUUUUAAUUCCUAUCCAGAACAAUCACUAGAGUCGGUAACGACUCCACCCCCACUUCCGCCGCGUAAUAGUUUUGGCAACAUGACAGUUCCAGAUAUUGAUUAUAAUGAUAAAUCAAAUAGGGUUUUAGAUCGUAGAAAAACAUCAUCUCGCUUGUAUGAAGUUAUUACAGAUAGAAGAACUAAUGAGCCGGAAUUAAUGGCAUUUUAUAAUAUGGUAAAAGAAUUACGUGCUCAGUAUAAAUUCGAUGAUCAAUUAUCAAAUGUUGGUCACAUAGUUGCUUUGGAAUUUGAUAAUAAAUACAUAGAAGAAAAAAGUAUAAAACUUUUAGUUCAUCCAGCUCUAGAUAUUUUGAUAGACGACAAAGUAAACACAACUCAGGAGGGACAAGUAUUCGGUUAUAGUACCCCUAUUGCAUUCACAUGCGAUUUAAAUACAAGUGUUGAGCAUGUGCUGAUGCACGCUUUUUGCACACUUGAGGGACAAAUAGAUGGAGAAUUCGGGGAUUUCGUAAUAAAACCGAUUGGUUUAAUGGAAUGGUUAAAACCAAGUUCAAAACUUAGUCAAUUAGAAUGUGUCCAUGAUAGUAUUAAACUAGAAAAAGACGUUCAAUUAGGUAUGUGUAAGAAAACGAAUGAGAAUAUGUUGGCGAUCGCACGUACUCAAAAAGAUGAUAAACGUGAUUUAGACUUGAAACCUGAAGAUAUUUUGCCUAAUGAAACUGCAACAACAAUUACUUAUGAUCACAUGAUGAUUUUAAUUGAAACUUUAGAAACGGAAAUUGAUAAAUUAGAAUCUUCAGCAUCAGAUGCUAGUCCACAUACUAUACUAACAUGUUCUGGUGUUGUUCAAGGUGUUAAGGCUAUAUGUGCUCUACUUGGGUCUAUUGACACAGUGCAAAUAUGUCAAAGUAUAGACGAAUUGAAGAGGAUAUGUGCAGCCGGACAAACAGUGUAUACUACUCAUAGCAGCCCUAGUAAGUCAACUGCAAAUCAACCAGAUAUUAUAUCUGAGUCUGGGGAUUAUGCAGAAAUUACCCUGAAACCAAAAACUACAGUUGAUUUAAUUAAGCUUAAGUGUAACCAAAUUCGUGAAGGAAUACAGGAUUUAAUAGAAACAUAUGUAAAUGCUUUCAGGGUUGACUUUUGCGUAAAAAGCUUGGAAUAUAUAAUUACGCCUAUACCUAUAUCAUGUGUCUUGAAACCAAUAAUCGUAAAUGUAUGCUGUUUACAUAGACCUCCACCUAAUUGGAAGUACGAAGAUUAUGUUUUAGGAGCCCAGAUUUAUCACGGAACAAAAUUUAUAGGUGACCCUGUAGUAACUAAAUGUUCUAAUGAGACUACAGGCGGUUUAUUUCCUCGACUUACAUUUGACAGUUGGAUUAGUUUUGAAAAGAAUCCUAUUUGCACUUUACCUCGAGAAUCUCGUUUAAUAUUUGUACUCUACGGAACUGAAAUCGAAAAUCAAGACCAGUCUAAAUCCGGAAAUAACGAUGAUUCAACACAAGAAAACAAAAAAAUUACAACCGAAUUGGGUUGGUGUGCUAUUCAAUUGUUUGAUUUUUCUCGACAAAUGAUAUCAGGAACAUAUUUAUUGUCUCUUUGGCCGCCAACAACAGAUAAAUUUUUGGGACCUGCCCCAGCAAAAGGUUCUCAUCCACAACCAGAUGUGUGUCCUGUUUUAAGUAUAGAAAUACCAACAUAUGGAGGACCAGUAAUAUUUCCCGAAACAGUAGAAAAUUCUGUCCAAGCCCCUCGGUAUGAUUUUAAUAGUUUGGAUACAAAUUUACAACAAGAACUACUAGAUACAGCCGAGCAGGGCUAUCCAGGUGCUUUAGAAAAACGAGAAGUUUUUUGGGAGAAAAGACAUUAUUUACAGAACUUUCCGCAUGCUUUGCCAAAAGUAUUACAUGCGGCACAUAGUUGGGACUAUGCAAGUUUAAUGGAUUUGCAUGCUUUGUUAAAGUCAUGGAAACCACUGACUCCUUUGCAAGCUUUAGAAUUAUUGUUACCUCGUUAUCCUGACUUGGAAGUCCGAUCUAAAGCAGUAGAGUGGAUAUCUAAAAUGCCUAACGAUCAAUUAGUAGAUUUUUUACCACAACUUUUACAAGCCUUAAAGCAUGACACUUAUGAAGCUUCUCCAAUGGCCAAAUUUUUACUUUGCAAGUGCCUUGAAUCACCUAGAAUAGCACACCAUUUAUAUUGGUUGUUGGUACAUAGUUUACCUGGUGAUGCACCACAGAAUUCAAUUGAUACUACAAUAUCGGUCGUAGAAAUUGAAGAAUCUUUAAUCACCCAGGCACGAUAUCAUAGGAGAAAUAAAAUGAUGUUGAGAGCGCUUUUGGAGAUAUGUGGGGAAAAACUGUUGGGUCGAUUUUUGAGUCAGAAUAUGAUGUGUAAAGAACUGGCAGAUAUUGCUGUUUCUAUUAAGCAAACAAAAGAGUCUUUGCGUCAAAAAGUUUUGAUAAAUAAAUUAGAAACUGUUCAUCAAUAUUUGUCUGAUCAACCAACUUCAUUACCUCUUGGCCCUGGAUUGGAAGUUUACGGGGUGAAUCUUCGUUCCUGUAGUUAUUUUAAUUCAUAUACACUUCCUCUGAAAAUAGCGUUUAAUGGGUCAGAUAAAGGAAUAAUUCCAGCUAUAUUUAAAGCCGGUGAUGAUCUGCAACAAGAUAUGCUAACCAUACAGCUCGUUCGUGUGAUGGAUAAGCUAUGGCUAUCUGAAGGCUUGGAUUUAAAAAUGGUUACAUUCAAUUGUGUACCAACUGGAUAUAAAAAAGGCAUGAUUGAGCUUGUAUCGGAUGCUGAAACUUUGCGUAAGAUUCAAGUGGAGUAUGGUUUAACAGGUUCAUUUAAAGACAGGCCAAUAGCUGAAUGGUUAGCAAAACAGAAUCCGAGCCAAUUAGAAUACCAAAGAGCAGUUGACAAUUUUACAGUGUCAUGUGCAGGAUAUAGUGUAGCUACCUAUAUUCUUGGAGUAUGUGAUAGACAUAAUGACAAUAUAAUGCUUAAAACUUCUGGUCAUUUGUUUCAUAUAGAUUUUGGAAAAUUCUUGGGAGAUGCUCAAAUGUUUGGUAAUUUCAAAAGAGAUCGAACUCCAUUUGUAUUAACGUCGGAUAUGGCAUACGUUAUAAAUGGUGGUGAUAAACCCUCCACAAAAUUCCAUCAUUUUGUUGAUUUAUGUUGCAGAGCCUUUAAUAUUAUUAGAAACCACGGUGACUUAUUGUUACAUAUGCUAGCAUUAAUGGCAACUGCUGGAAUACCAGGUGUAACUGCUGAUGCUGUGCAAUAUGUUAGGAAAGCGCUAUUACCGGCACAAUCAAAUCCGGAAGCUGCUGCAUCCUUUGCAAAAAUGAUUCAAUUUUCUCUUAAAAGUUGGUUUACACAAUUCAAUUUCUUUUUACAUAAUAUAGCGCAAAUGAGAUUUACAAGUGAUGAUGGUGGUGGAGAACUUUUAAGUUUUGUGCCUCGUAAGUACACAAUGCAACAAGAUGGCAGAUUAAAGUCUGUGAUGGUGCAUGGUUAUCAAAAACGUUAUGAUAUUGAAAAGUAUUAUACAUAUAUAUUAAGAGUAACCAGACAUGGACAGCCUGAUCCAGCUCACCUGUUUAGAUCAUAUAAAGAAUUUUUAGAAUUUCAUCAAAAAUUGUGCCUUCAUUUCCCAUUAGCUAAAUUACAUAGCCUUCCAAAUAAUUUACAUAUAGGGCGAUCAAAUAUAAAAACUGUAGCUGAACGUCGUUUACCUGAAAUUCAAAGUUUUCUAAUAUCAUUAUUUAAUUCAGCAGAUGAAAUAGCACAUUCCGAUUUGGUAUAUACAUUCUUUCAUCCAUUAUUAAGGGAUCAACAAGAAGCCAAUAUUAAUAUAUCAAAAGUUAAAGAUAUUAAACCAUCAAUACAACAAACUGCAAAUGUUUGUGGUGAACUAAAAAUUUCCUUACAAUAUAGACGUGGUACAUUAACAGUAAUGAUUCAUCAUGCCCGGGGAUUACCAAUAUUACCGGGUGGACAAGAACCCAAUACUUAUGUUAAGUGUUAUUUAAAACCAGAUCCAAUUAAAGUAACAAAAAGGAAAACUAAAGUUGUUAAAAAAUCAACAGUUCCUAGUUUUAUGGAAACGUUGGAGUAUCGAAUGCCUUUGGAACAUAUACAAAAUAGGAUAUUACAAGUAACGGUAUGGUCUCAUGAUACUUUACAAGAGAACGUGCUUUUGGGCGGAUUUAUUUUAGAUUUAUCUAAAUAUGAUUUGAAAUUGGAAUUGAUAGAAUGGUUCCGUUUAGAAUAUUUACCAAGAACGUGAAUAGAAAAUUGAAACAAGAAAACAAAAUUUUUUUUCAACUCCGUUUUUAUUUGUUUUUUUUUUUUUACUACUUAUUGUAAGUUUAUGAAAAACACACAAUCAAAAUAUUGUUUAAUU